GUUUUAGACUGCGAUUUCCCUCACUGCUCCACCACUGCCGGAGAAACCAACUCUCCUCAAUAUUUUUGAGAAAUGGAUGGGAGCAAAAGGGGGACGUUCAAGAACAAAUCAUUCAAGACCAAGCACAAUGAUAUUGGAGGUUCGAUCCAUGGUAGGGAGGACGUUUCGAGGGAUAAAAUUCCGUUGGAAGACCUAUCUCAAGGCUUGUUCGUCUACCUUGAUAAUUGUUGGUGGUACAAUGCAUGGGAGAAACUUGUACUAAUCGCUGUUGCAAUCUACUGCACUUACAAGUUAUCUUUGAUCUUGAAAAGAUCAAAGAUGAUGGCUCAUCUUACCAAAUAUUUGACUGGAAACAUACUUGGAAGGAACUUGCCUAAUCAAAUAAAAGGGGAUGCCGCCGUUCUACAAAUGUAUCAAACUUUGUAUCAGUCAUGUGUGGAAAAUAUCCCAAUUUUCAAAGGUUGCUCCCAAGAAUUCAUCAAUGAAAUUGUAACUCGAGUCCAUGAGGAUUUCUUUAUUCCAGGAGAAGUCAUAAUGGAAGAAGGGAACGUUGUGGAUCAGCUCUAUUUUGUCUGUCAAGGUGCCUUGGAGGAGGUUGGAAAUGGGACUGAUGGAUCAGAGGAGAUUGUGUCUCUUCUAGAGUCUAACAGCUCGUUUGGAGAUAUUCCCAUUCUUUGCAAAAUUCCUCAGCCCUAUACUGUACGCGUACGUGAACAAUGCCGACUCUUGCGUGUUGAUAGACAAUCUUUCUCCAAUAUCCUUGAGAUAUAUUUCAAUGAUGGACGGAAAGUCAUGACUAACUUGUUGGAGGGAAAAGAAUCUAAUCUUCGUCUGAAGCAAUUGAAGUUGGAUAUUAUGGUCCAUAUUAAUAGACAAGAGACUACCCUUGCUUUGAGAGUGAAUAAUGCAGCCUUUUGCGGUGACCUGAAUCAACUUAAAAGCAUGCUCCGUUCUGGAGCAGAUCCCAGCAAGCAAGAUUAUAGUGGAAAAACAGCCUUGCAUCUUGCUGCAUCUAGAGGAUACCAAGAUAUCACUUUGUUCCUGAUACAAGCAAGUGUGGACAUCAAUGCUGAAGAUAACAUAGGCAACACCCCCUUGCUCGAAGCCAUCAAGAAUGGACACGACAAGGUUGCUUCACUUCUAUAUAAAGAAGGGGCUAAACUGAAAAUUGACAAUGCCGGUAGCUACUUGUGCUCAGUGGUUGCAAGAGGAGAUUCGGAUCUCCUAAGAAGGUUGUUGAUCUAUGGCAUGGAUCCCAACUCGAAAGAUUAUGAUCAUCGAAGCCCCCUUCACAUAGCUGCCUCUCAAGGAUUCUAUCUAAUCGGACAGAUGCUCGUGUUGGCUGGAGCCAGUGUCUUAACAAAAGACAAAUGUGGAAAGAGUCCAAUAGAUGAAGCAAGAAUGUGCGGGAAUGAAUUCCUGAUCGAAUAUCUGGAAGAACAGGCAAAGAUGGGUCGUAAGGAAACGUAUCCAAAGACGAAGAUGUGCAAUGUGCUUCCAUGUCGUCCAUGGGAUCCUCUAGAAGGAAGAAAAUUGGGAAUUAGGAUGUGGGUUCCUCAGACCAUGGAAGAGCUAAUAAAAAAUGCAUCCCACAAGCUGAGGAUGCUUGAAGCAAAAUGCAUUAUAUUAUGCGAGGAAGGAUGUCAAGUUACCGAUGUAGAUUCUAUUGUGGACAUGCAAAGGUUGUAUCUCAUCUACCAAACUAAAUGAAUCAUGUGUAACAUAAUGAUUCAAUACACCUUUUUUUCGAUUAUAUCCAUAAUGAUUCAAUACACCUUUUUUUCGAUUA